UGGUUCGUUCUUUAACCCUCCCCCGCCCCGUUUCCCCGUUAUUCGGUGCUUUUAUUCUCCCCCCUGCACCCGUGAUCGUGACGUCAUCCCACCGUCAUCAUCCGUUCAGCCCCGUACGAUGACUGCAGCCGGUAAAUUCCCAACCGGAACCGAUGGGCGGGGAGAUGUUGUGAAAGAAUGAAUGAGUGCUGGGCGGGGCUCAGGCUCCUCCCCCCCGGGUUGUUAUAUUGCGCACACGAGGUCACUGCUCUUAAUAUGGCGCUGACGAAGAUCUGACAACCGGCGUUUCGUACCGACUGUCGGAACGUGGAGUUACAGCUUACCGGACAUACAGUGAAUGAAGAAUCUGCCUGAUUCCUUGUUUUCUGCAUCAUGGAAUUUUCUUCACCUUUAACCCACCAGAGCCAAAGGAACUCUAAAAAAACAAUUUCCAUACAGAGCAAAUAGCAAAGACUUUUAGACCGAGACUCUCGGCCUUAUUCAGUUUACUGCAUAUUUAAUUUUAUAGUAAUUUAUUGAAUUAUUUUCAUACCUCACAUUUUUGUUUGUUUACAUAGAAUUUUAUUUUUUUAAUCUAUUUCCACAUUUUGAGCCAAAAAAAAAAAAGAGCAUUAUGGAAUCGACAACAGUUAUCAAUAUUGUGGCCACUACUCUCGGCCUCCAGGAAGGGGGUCCCAUGACCGCUUACCUUUGGAUGCUGGUGGUGGGUUUUAUCAUAGCCUUCGUGCUGGCUUUCUCAGUCGGUGCCAAUGAUGUAGCAAACUCCUUUGGCACGGCUGUGGGCUCUGGUGUGGUGACGUUAAGACAAGCUUGUAUCCUGGCUUCCAUCUUUGAGACCGUGGGAUCUGUUCUUCUCGGCGCUAAAGUGAGUGAAACUAUCCGCAAAGGACUGAUUGAUGUCAACAUGUACAACAAUACCCAGGAGCUGCUAAUGGCUGGAUCCAUCAGUGCCAUGUUUGGUUCUGCUGUGUGGCAACUUGCUGCUUCAUUCUUGAGACUCCCGAUUUCUGGAACCCACUGCAUUGUAGGAGCUACCAUCGGCUUCUCUCUUGUGGCGAAAGGACAGGAAGGAGUUAAGUGGAUCGAGCUGCUUCGCAUCGUUUUAUCCUGGUUUAUCUCUCCUCUGCUGUCUGGAAUCAUGUCUGCUCUCCUGUUUUUCCUUGUAAGAACGUUCAUCCUGCGCAAGGCUGACCCUGUACCUAAUGGACUGCGUGCCCUUCCCGUGUUCUACGCCUGUACGAUCGGCAUAAACCUCUUCUCCAUCAUGUACAGUGGUGCACCAUUGCUUGGAUUUGAUAAGAUUCCCCUGUGGGGCAUCAUCGUGCUGUCCGUGGGUUGUUCUGUGAUUUGUGCCCUGGUGGUGUGGUUCUUUAUCUGUCCCAGGAUGAAGAAGAAGAUAGAACGUGAACUAAAAUCCAGUCCGUCAGAAUCUCCUUUGAUGGACAAGAAGAACAUAGACCAAUGCCAUAUCCUGAAGCCAGAACCAGACGUGAAGAUGCCCAUUGAGUGCGUUGUUCCUGCAGAAACCAAGGUUCCCAUCUUGGACAUGGUAUCUGUGCCACCACGAGCUGCCGAGGAGCGGACAGUGAGCUUCAGGAUGGGGGAUGAUGAUGUCCCAGAAAGAGAGAAGAGUCAGAGCAUGGAGACCAACAUUGACCAGACAGCAAAUGGGGCUGUGCAGUUGCCAAAUGGAAAUCACGUACAAUUCAACCAAACGGUCAGCAACCAGAUGAGUUCAAGCGGCCAGUAUCACUAUCACACCGUACACAAGGAUUCCGGCCUGUACAAAGAUCUGCUGCACAAACUGCAUUUGGCCAAAGUGGGAGACUGCAUGGGAGAUUCUGGUGAGAAGCCGCUCCGCCGCAACAACAGCUACACCUCGUACACCAUGGCGAUCUGUGGGAUGCCCUUGGAUUCCUUCAGGAACAAGGAGGCUGAGGCUCGUCCGGAGGAGGCUGAGAAACUAACCUGGCAUGGCGCAGACGGGAAAAAGCGAACACGGAUGGACAGCUACACCAGCUAUUGUAACGCCGUGGCAGACACCAACACAGAUGUCGGCACAGAAGAACAGGAAGAAGGUAAUGCGGAGGAGGCAGCCGAAAGGAAAAGCAGCAACUCCUCCCUAGAAGAAUGGCAUGACCAGGACAAGCCGGAGGUGUCUCAUCUGUUCCAGUUCUUGCAGAUCCUUACUGCCUGCUUUGGCUCUUUUGCACAUGGUGGAAAUGAUGUCAGCAAUGCUAUUGGUCCUUUGGUUGCCCUCUGGCUGGUUUAUGAGACUGGGGAUGUAACCACCAAGGCUGCCACCCCUAUCUGGCUGCUAUUGUUCGGAGGAAUUGGUAUCUGCACUGGUCUCUGGGUCUGGGGACGAAGAGUUAUCCAGACGAUGGGCAAGGAUCUCACCCCGAUCACCCCCUCAAGUGGUUUCAGCAUUGAGUUGGCUUCUGCCCUGACGGUCGUAAUUGCUUCAAAUGUUGGUCUGCCCAUCAGUACAACACAUUGUAAGGUUGGUUCUGUCGUGUCUGUCGGAUGGCUUAGAUCCAAAAAGGCUGUGGACUGGCGUCUCUUCAGAAAUAUUUUCCUGGCCUGGUUUGUCACCGUGCCGAUUUCAGGCCUCAUCAGCGCUGGUAUCAUGGCAAUCUUCAAAUACGCAAUCCUUAAAGUCUGAUUUGGUGCUAAAUCGCCUGCUAUCCAAAAUCUCCACUCAGGACCACAGAUCCACUGCGCACAUCUCAUCAGUGCAAAUGCUACUAACAACCGGAUGCAAGAGCCGGUCCUCUGCUCCCUCCCUGUCCCUGCAUGAGGGGCUUGAGUUACCUGACCUGGAAUAUGCAAUGUGUCCACUCUUGUCAGGGAUGGGUACAAAUACCUUUUUUAUGAGGUGUAGAACGUGGAUUUAAACAGGAUUCUCCCCCCCUCCUCCCCUUGUGCUGUAAACUGCUUUAAAUGCACUAGAUUAUUACAAAUCAACCCAAUCUACCUGUAUACACAUGCCGAUCAUUCCUCAGUAUUAAUUAGAGAUGAGCGAACUUACAGUAAAUUCGAUUCGUCACGAACUUCUCGGCUUGGCGGUUGCUGACUUUUCCUGCAUAAAUUA